GGCCGGCUCCGCCCCGGCCGCGCGGGGCUGGCACGGCAGGGGAAGAUGGCGGCGGCGGGCGGGGGCGGCGCCGCGGUGUCGGUACUGGCGCCCAGCGGGCGGCGGGUCACGGUGCGGGUGGGGCCCGGCACGGUCCUGCUCCAGGUCCUCGAGGAGGUCUGCAGGAAGCAGGGUGGCAGCCCUGGCGAGUACGGCCUGAAGUUUCAGAGGAAUGUGUUGGACCUGUCUUUGCAGUGGAGAUUUGCUAGGCUGCCCAACAAUGCCAAACUGGAGAUGGUGCCAGUCUCCAGCAGAGCAGGAGCUGGAACCACGGUUCGGAUAGCAUUACAACUAGACGAUGGCUCCCGUUUGCAGGACACCUUCCUCUGUCAGCAGACCUUGUGGGAAAUUCUCAACCAUUUUGCGAAGAUCAGGGAGUUGAUGGAACAGGAUGGUGAAUUGUCUCCAGUCUGUAUUUACAUGCGGGAUGAGAUAUCAGGAAAAGAUGCCCUGGAGAAGAUAACACUGAAAUCACUUGGCCUGAUUGGAGGCAGUGCCAUUAUCAGAGUUGUCAUGAAGAAAUGCAAUUCAUCUGGUGGGGAGGAAGUUGUGGGUGCCACGGUGCCUUGUAAUGAGCCAACAGUGAGGAAAGGUUCUAUGGAAGAAGCAGUGGAUGUGUCUCUACCUCAAGCAAACACAUUUCCGGAGGACUUGGAGCACAGGGAUGUGGCUGUAUCUUUAAACAGCUGCACACACAAGCAAGACUCGAUUAAAGAUUCUCAUGCUAGCUUGGAGGAGCUGUGGCAUUCCCCAGAGCCUGAGCCUACCCCAUUUGUCCCUUUUUUUGGAGAUGGAGAACAUCUGGGGGACUCUCCUGUAGCUGCACUAUCUUCAAAGCUGCCAACAACUUUUUCGAGCCCUGGAGGUCCUUCUAAGCCAAAGAAGUCUAAGAACAGCCAAGAACUGCAAAAGGAGCAAGAACAGCUUGUAGAACGUGAGCCGCUUAUAUGUCACCUGGACCUACUGGAACAACUUCCUGAUGGCCCAGAAGAACUUCCUGAUGAAUUUUUUGAAGUCACAGUGGAUGAUGUAAGGAAGCGUUUGGCACAGCUGCAGAAUGAGAGGAAACGCCUGGAAGAAGCUCCACUGAUGACAAAGUCCUUGAAGGAGUCCCAGCUGAAGGAGAAGUUGGAGCGUUACCCCAAGGUGGUGGUAAGAGUUCGUUUUCCAGACCGCCACGUUCUGCAGGGCUGCUUCCAUCCCACUGAGACUGUUGGCAUUUUGAGAGACUUUGUAAGAAGCCACCUUGCCGAUGCAGAGUUGCCAUUUUACUUGUUUGUUGCACCUCCCAGAAUCAUCUUGAACAAUGAAAGUCUGACGCUGUUUGAGGCUAACCUUUUCCCAACUGCUGUCAUUCAUUUUGGAUCUGAGGAGCGCAGGGCUUGUUACCUGAAAUCAGACCUGCUGAGCUCUGCAGUUUCUUCUUCUGCAGCUGAUUUAUUAGUAGCCAGAUCACUAGUUCCUUCUGCUUCAUCAACUUUAGCAUCAGUGGUUCCAUCCCUAUCUGAACCAGAAGUGGGAAGUGACAAAGAGACCACUGAGCAGCCAGAACCAGCCAGCACUCAGGGAGCUCCACAAGUGCUUAGAAAAGCCCCUGGGAAAAUACCCAAAUGGCUGAAGCUUCCAGGUGGAAAGAGAUGAAGCAUCCUGAGCUGCUGGAUCACUGAGUUGUCAGCUGUGCCCUCUUCUCCACGAACUUACUAAGAAUGUGUAAAAGGUGUUGGUGGCCCUGGAGAGAUCUAAUCUGUAUGAACAUUAGUUAUAAAAAGAGAAUGGCUAUUUCAGAUACCAGUUGCAGCUGGUGGAGGAGUGGAGGGCCUGUUUGUGGUCUUUGUGACUACAGAAGCAGGGUUAGAGGUUAAAUUUAAGGUUUCUUGCAUGCAAAUAAUAAGAAUAGAGAAAUAAGGGGGACAUGAUUCCUAUAUACUUUCUGCAAAGGACUUUUUUCUGUCCAUAUUUUUAAAUUCACAUCCUCUCAGUUCCACCUUCAGAGGUCACUUGAGUCUAGCCUGCAUUCUAGUGGCAAGAUAAAGUCUGUUUCAGCUUUACCUGUAAUUGUUAAGUGGUGCCUAGAACAAGACUUCUCUCUGCUUCUUAGUGAUUAGGGUUAGUGCUGCUGAUAAUACUGGACAUAGGUGACUGGAAAAUGAAUGAAGAGGAAGCACUUAAGUUACUUAAACCAGUUCAGAUCAGUGAACUUUCCUGUGAAGCACCUGGGCUGCUGCAGUCAUAUUGUGUUCAGUUGCCAGAAUCUUGUUAACAAGGAACACAGGUGUCUGUUCAUGGAAUGCCUGUUGAGCUUGUUUCUGCCCUAAGCUCUAGUUUUAUUUUCACUGUGUAUAAUUACCAUCUGUAAUUAGUUACAGCCAGGGAAAAAACAUCCAGUUGAAGGGUCUCUUCAAAUGACAGUGGAUUGGUGGACUGAGUAUUCCCAGAGCAGGGUAGCUGUGCUCUGCACUGCAGUUGGUGUACAGGGAAAAGGCCCAGUCCACAUCUUUGUCUCCUGCAGACAUCGUGGGAGGAUGAAUAUUGGUUAGAAUUGCCCUUACACUGGAGAUAAACUCUGUUGUGCCAUGGCAGUCAUGGUGCUAGGUUUUAUUUGAAGUCUCCUCCGUGGAUCAGUGAUCUGUGGAGAGCUGGGGUUCCAUGGUACAGUAAUACCAUGUUUUCCUUGUUUCCUCCCUGCACUAUGUGUGCAUCUGCACAAUUUGUAGAUGUAAUAAAGCAGAGUGGCCACGGGG